AACGGGGUGAGAGAGAUGGUGUGUAUUUGCGGAGCCCCAGCUGCGCGUCUCUUAAUACCACCGCGACCCUCACGUCCUCGCGCAAUUCUCCACACUGAGUUGGUAGCUUUGAGGCAAGAGGAUGCGAGCGCGGAUUUAGUUUCAGUGUCUUUUCCCGUCUGGAGCAGAUUAUUACCUUUCUCCUGCACGCAGGAACGGAUUUAGCAACACGAACACAAGAUUUGUGGUCAGUGAUAUAAACGUUGGAACGUGAUGCAGAAGCCCUCCUCUCAGACAGGAAGCCAGAGAGGAAGAAUGUCAAUUUCGGCUCACGACCAAUGAACUCAUUCUGUUGAGUGGGGAAGGAAAUAAUCUCAACAGUCGAAGUGAGGAGUAUUGCAAGGAAGAAACUCUUUUUUAAAACAAUAUGGCAGCGGCAGCAUGUGCCAGUCCCAUUGAAGGGGAUGGGUGCGAGAACACGGCGGAGGUGGAGGCUGCAGUCCUGGAGUCUCCCGCAGGCCAAGCAGAAGAGGAGCAAAUUGCUGGCGAGGUCCUGCCAGCCGAUGGAAAAUCUAAACCAGCAUCUGAGAAAAUCUGGGGAUCCUUUCUGAAAAACAGUGGACUGGGGAAGGUUAUGGGAGGGAGGAAGAAGAAGGAGCAGGUGGCAGGGGGUGUGGAUGCAAGUGUGGAGGGUGUGGAGCAGGAUAAGUCCCCUGUCCAUAGCCAGACUAAUCAAGGGGAGGGACCCUCAUCUCCCUCGAGCCCUAAUGAGCAGGGUUCUGGACAGGCUGGGUCUCAGGAACAGUGCAUAGAGAAGGAAUUAGAUGGUGAGGAGACCACACAAGAACAAAAGGUAUCAAGCUUGAGCAAGGAUGCCAAGCCAAAGCAGGGGGAGAAAUCCAGUGUACGCGACUUCAUCCGCAAGCCUGUCGCCAAGAUUUUCUCUCACAGAAGCACAGAGAAAAAAGACUGUGGUACUGAGGCUCCUAAACAUGGGAAGACCCGAUCCAAAUCUCUAGACAGGCUGGAGGACCCUGAAGUGUGUGCUUCUGCACUAGACCAAACAGAUGAUUCACAAGGGGGAGGAGAGCCGCACAAAUCUGCUCACCACUCUGCCAAACACAUGAAACGCUGGCAUUCCUUCAAAAAGCUGAUGGCCCAAAAGACUCUAAAGAAAAGCACAGAGGAACACAAGGAUGUGGAGGGUGCAGAGGGUCCCAGCAGCGAUACUCAAUUAGAUGCUGAAACUUUGGAGUCGGCUGGAAAAUUGGACCACACUGGACAGAAAAGGUGGAAACUGAAGCGGUCAUGGACUUUCCAAGGCCUGAAGAGGGAUCCCUCUGUCAUCGGCAUCCACAAACCAAAGGGCUCAGACAAAGACUCAUUAGAUAAUCCUAAAGGAGAAGAAACCCCCGCUAAUGAUGACCAGGGGGCUGUGGCAUCCUCUGAGGAGCCUAAGCCAGCAGGAAAAGGGGACACGCUGGAGAAAGGCAGUGUGGAGCAGGAGGAAGAGAAAGCCCAAGCAGCACAGCGUACAAAGUCAGUUGAUUACCAUGCCAAUGAGAUCUGGACCUCAUUCAAAAAACGUGUGAUCCCCAAGUCAAAGCGGGCAUCAGAUGCUGGUGCUGGGAGUGGGGGCGGUGGCGAGGAAGAGGUGGCAGGAGAACAUGAGCAGGCAGAGGAGCAGAUAGGUCAAGAGCAUGGCAAGUCCACCAAGUCGAAAAGGACUCACUUCAACCGUGCUGUGUCACUGAAGAACUUCAUCAUGCGCAAGGGGAAGAGCACCAGUGUAGACCUGGGGGAAGCCCCUGCUGGACAGAAAGAGGAAGGUGCAGAGAGCACCGGUGACAUCUCUGCCAGUGCACCUGUCACCAAGAAUAUCAAAGAAGGGGACAGCCCUGCUGAUCAGGCUGUUGUGAGCGAACCUGAGGCUCCAGUCGCUGUACAAAAUGGGGGUGAUGAGAAGGCAGAGGCUGUAGACACUAACAGACAGCCAAGUGCAUCUAUAGGUCAGGAGCCAGAGAAAGGUCACCUGGAUGCAAAGGAGGAAACCCAAGCAGAACCUGCAUUAGAGGCUGCUUGCGGAGAAACGAAGGGUCACAGGGAGAAUGGAUCCUCGGGUGCUGGUUGUGAUAGAAAAGGCUCUGGGAUGGAGGGUGAGGAUGAGAAUCCUAAGGACAUUAUGGCACAUGACCGUGAAAUAAUUCCCCAAGAAGACGGACCCCAAGAAAUAGCCAGCCAAGAGGACAUCAACUCCCAAGAGGCAGCGCACCAGAGCGAGAAUGCUUGCUCCAGUGGUUCAAAGGAUGAGACGAGCCUGAAUCAGGAGCAGAGCUCUGAUGGGAAACCCUGUUCUGGCAACGCAGUUGCCCAAAGCGAAAAAUUGGCGGGAAAGGUGAAGCCACACACGGAGCAUUAGAUCUGCAUGGGAUUCAUUCAGCGAGGAGCUUUUCCCCCAAAAACGGAAUAAUCAUGUUUACGUCCUGAUUCGUUGUGGUGAGAGUGAUGCAAUAUGUAUAAUUAAAAAUUCCAAGUCUCAAAAAGCAAUAAUUCAAAGAUCAGAGCAGUUCUUUCUAUCACUCCAUUGUAAAUGUUUACUUGUCCUUUAGUGAGAUUUUAUAUUGUCAGAAAAAGACAUUUCAUUCCUUUCCCAUCAAAUGUUUAUUUCAUGGAUCCGGUAUUCUGGGAUCAAAAGACUGUUAGUUUUUUAACAAAUGCCCUUUUGUUUGAGUGUAGUUUUCCUUCACUAGACAUUACAAAUGUGGAACAUGAACCCAACUGAAAUAAUCUUCCUCUAAGCCAUCCCAUUUGUGGUUCAUUGAGGAAUGUGUUCCAAUCUCUGUGUUAAUGUUUUUAGACUGUUAUCUUGUGUACAUGAAUAAACCCUCGAAAAUGUGAA